AUAUAUAGUUGGAGCCAUGAAUCAUCAAGAAAACCACUCAACAGUGACUGAGUUUGUCUUUACGGGCAUCACUCAAGACCCUCAACUGCAAAUCAUCUUUUUUGUGGUCUUCCUCAUUGUCUACCUGGUCAAUGUGGUAGGGAAUGUUGGCAUGAUCAUCCUGAUUGUAACAGACAAUCAGCUUCACACUCCUAUGUAUGUUUUCCUCUGCAACCUCUCCUUUGUCGACCUGGGUUACUCCUCUGCCAUUGCUCCCAGGAUGCUGGCUGAUUUCCUAACAAAACACAAAGUCAUCUCCUUCUCCAGCUGUGCCACUCAGUUUGCUUUCUUUGUAGGGUUUGUGGAUGCUGAAUGCUAUGUCCUGGCUGCCAUGGCCUAUGACCGCUUUGUGGCCAUCUGUCGACCUCUUCACUACACCACUCUCAUGUCCAACCGGGUCUGCUUUGCUCUCAUGCUGGGCUCUUACAUGGCGGGCCUGGUGAGUUUAGUAGCCCACACUUCCCUCACGUUCAGCCUCAAUUACUGCGCUUCCAAUAUCAUCAACCAUUUCUUCUGUGAAAUCCCACCUCUCUUGGCCCUCUCUUGCUCAGAUACCUACAUCAGUGAGAUAUUACUCUUCAGUCUGUGUGGCUUCAUCGAAUUCAGCACCAUCCUCAUCAUCCUCAUCUCUUACACCUUCAUCCUCAUCGCGAUCAUCAGAAUGCGCUCUGCUGAAGGUCGCCUUAAGGCUUUCUCCACCUGUGGGGCCCACCUGACUGGUGUCACUCUCUUCUAUGGCACUGUCAUGUUUAUGUAUCUGAGGCCAACAUCGAGCUACUCCCUGGAUGAAGACAAGUGGGCCUCUGUGUUCUAUACUAUUAUCAUUCCCAUGUUGAACCCCUUGAUCUACAGUUUGCGGAACAAGGAUGUGAAAGCUGCUUUCAAAAAACUCAUUAGAAAGCCACAAUAAAUACAGAACAUGGCAAUCUGU